GAAAAUCCAAUCUUGGGGCUUCUCCCAAACUGGCGGUACGCAGCAUAGAAGGUAUGGUGAAUGUGAGAAAAAACAGAAACGAUUAUCUCGAUAUCUAUGUUUUUGGCAUUGGGAACCUCAACGUUGACUUGACUGCCAUGAAUGAGAUUGCAUCAAAGAAGUCAGGGGAAAGGCAUGUCUUUGUGAUGGAAAAUCCACAGGAGCUCAAGAAAGCUUUUGAAGAUUUGUUGGAUCCUAGAGAUUUGGAGGACAUUUGUGGUUUAGCAAACUACUCGGACAAUGCUAGAUGGGAUCAGAAGAAUCCGUGGCACGUGCGUCUCCAAAACCCACAUCAUAUGGAUUCUACUUGUCGAGGUGCCUUGAUUUCCAGUACCUGGGUUCUAACAGCUGCUCACUGCUUCAACCACUUGAAAAAUACGUCUAAUUGGAUUGUGGUUCUAGGAGGAGAAAUCAGGAUAAAGAUAAAGAGACGGAUCGACCAUGAAUUAUACAACAUUCGAGCCAAGACAGCUCAGGGCAUCCAAGAAUUCUACGACUACGAUAUCUCCCUCAUUGAACUGGAGAAACCUGUGUCCUUCGGGGGACGAAUCAG